AUGGCCGGGUCGAACGUCCCGACCGUGAGGGUACCAUGCACACCCCGGAUCAUCCAAGACAUAUCACUCACUUUCAUGCUUGCAAGCUCAAUGUGGAUUUUCUUCAUCGGCUCGACCAUCAAGAGCGAUAAUCCUUCGUUUCGCGACAUUCGUCGGGUGCCAUUGUCCAUGAUUCAAAACAUAUCUAUCGGCGUGUGGUUCUUUAGUGGCACUAUCUAUACGGGCAUCACAUUGUACUACGCUCGAAGCCGCCCUUUCUGGUCUUUGGCUACUCUAAUAAUUAUUCUCCUCAUGACGGCCUUCUUCACUGCGUAUCUCGGUUUCGACCCUAUGGAUUGGUCGACAUGGGGCCCAUUCGCGGUGGUUCUGGGUAUCGUCGUCAAAGUCGGUAUCUACCAUACGUACAACAGCGCUGAUCGCGGUCUGCUGCGGCGAUCUCUGGAUUACCUAAUGGGCCAUGUCGAAGAAGACAACGACAUACACAACAACGAUGAUGGCGGUCAUACCUAUAAUCGGCCACACGAACAAGAGCUGGACGACUUCUCGCGCCGCCCCUUCGCUAUUCCACGGGCAUAG